CAAACAUAACGCGCUAUGGAAAACAUGCGGCUCGGGGGACACCCCCAACCAGCAGUCCCGCUCCGGGCCGGGCCCCCCUGGAGCAGUCCAGGCCACGUGCAGAUUUGCGAAAGCCCCCGGAGCCGGCCCAGGCGCACAAGACCCCGUUCUCCCGGGCCAACCGCGCCUUCAGGAGAUCGGGGCUCUCGGCAGAGGAGCCCCGACUGUCCGAGGAGCGCCAGGCCGACAGCCCUCCCCUCCUUCGGGAGCCGCGAGCGGACCAGUGGGCGGCCGCCCUCGCGGGAAGCCCUGGGCUCCGCCCCCCGCCGGCGGGCUGCCUCUCGGGCCGCCAGAAGCCGCGCCCCCCCUAGGGCCUCCCUCAGGCCGCCGGCCAAGAGCGGCCUGCGGGCGGCGGCCGGGGACGAGUCCGCGCGCGGGAGGAGAAGCGCGGGGGCGGUGCUUCCGGGACAGAGGGCGGGCAAGAUGGCGGCGCCCAUGGAGCUGUUCUGCUGGUCGGGGGGCUGGGGGCUGCCGUCCGUGGACCUGGACAGCCUGGCGGUGCUGACCUAUGCCAGAUUUACUGGUGCCCCCCUCAAGGUGCACAAGAUCACCAACCCUUGGCGGAGCCCUUCAGGAACUCUGCCUGCCCUUCAGACCAGUCAUGGAGAGAUCAUCUCAUUACCACACAAGAUCAUCACCCACCUUCGAAAAGAGAAGUACAACGCUGAUUAUGAUCUGUCGGCCCGGCAAGGGGCAGACACCUUGGCCUUCAUGUCUCUGCUAGAGGAGAAGCUGCUCCCGGUGCUGAUACAUACUUUUUGGGUGGAUACCAAAAACUACGUGGAAGUCACCCGGAAGUGGUACGCAGAGGCUAUGCCUUUUCCCCUGAACUUCUUCCUACCUGGCCGCAUGCAGCGGGAGUACUGGGAGCGGCUACAGCUGCUGUGUGGGGAGCACAGGCCUGAGAACGAGGAAGAGCUGGAGAAGGAGCUGUACCGAGAGGCUCGGGAAUGCCUGACCCUUCUCUCUCAGCGCCUGGGCUCUCAGAAGUUCUUCUUUGGAGAUGCCCCUGCCUCCCUGGAUGCCUUCGUCUUUAGCUACCUGGCCCUGCUGCUGCAGGCCAAGCUGCCCAGUGGGAAGCUGCAGGCCCACUUGCAGGGACUGCACAACCUCUGCUCCUACUGCACCCACAUCCUCAGCCUCUACUUCCCCUGGGAUGGAGCUGAGGUGCCACCUCCACGCCAGACACCAUUGGGCCCAGAGACUGAGGAGGAACCAUACCGACGCCGGAACCAGAUCCUGUCCGUGCUGGCUGGGCUGGCAGCCAUGGUGGGCUACGCCCUGCUCAGCGGCAUCGUUUCUAUCCAGCGGGCGACACCUGCUCGGGUCCCAGGCACGCGGGCCCUCGGCAUGGCUGAGGAGGAUGAAGAGGAAUGAUAUGUCUUCGUGCUCCCAGGACUGAGUUUUCUACUGAUGCAUUCCAGAGACUCGUGUCUCCUGUUAUUGGUACGGCCGGAAAUGGGGUAUCACCCCUUGAAUAAAACUGCUCACACUGA